GUCAGAUUUCUAAAUUCCAAAUCCCUAAUUUUAUUUUUUUCAGUACUUUAAACUGAUUUUUUCACAAAUCAAUUACGUUUGGAUUUUCGCAUUCACUGCUGCUCGCCAGUGAUUCAGAGAAUCCAGUUUUGGUGCAUUGCGAUAGGACACAUAGGUGACAUUUUCUAAAAAAGGCAUUGUCCAAGGAGAUGAGAAGGUUGAUAUGCUCAUGAAGUCGGAGAAGAAAUCCAAGAAUAGGAAAAAGAAUGCUGUCACUGAUGAUUCGGAAGUGACAAAGGGCGAUGUUAAAGCCGUUGAGCAUGAUUCAUGUUUCAAGGAAGAGAGUCUCUCUUUUACAGGGAUCAGGAAAGAAAGGGAUAAGACAAAGAUGGAAACUCAAGCACCUGGCGAAAGUGAAGGUAGUUACAUCAAGAUAAAGAAAGAAAGAGGUGGUGGUAAACAGCAUGGGAAAUACAGUAAAGACGGGUGCGAGGAUACUGUUAAUAAUGUUUUAAAAAAGAAAAAGAAGUUGAAGAAUGAGCAGGAUAUACUUAUAAUGCACGAUGCUAGUUUAGACACCAAAACACUUGCUCAUGAAAGUGCGAGCGGAACUCAUGAAACCAAGGCCGUGGAGACGCUCAGCGAGGGCUCUGGUGGAAAUCUUAUAGAUGAGGUGAAGAGGAAGAAAAAGAAAAAGAAAAAAGAUAAGAGGGGAAAAGAUGGACAGGUAGAUAUCGUGGUUGGUGUCAUUCAAGGUGUUGUUUCAGCUGACGAAGUGAAUAGGAAGAAAAGGAAAAAGGAUAAGAAGAAAAGAGAGGAUGGACUGGUAGACAUCGUGGCUGGCGUCAUUCAGUUUAGCUAUAGAUGAGAUGAAGAGGAAGAAAAGGAAAAAGGAUAAGAGGAAUAAAGAGGAUGGACAGGUAGAUAUCGCGACUGGCAUCAUUCAAGGUGAUGUUUCAGCUAUAGAUGAGAUGAAGAGGAAGAAAAGGAAAAAGGAUAAGAAUAAAAAGGAUGGACAGGUAGAUAGCGUGGCUGGUGUCAUUCAAGGUGAUGUUUCAGCCAUAGAAGAGACGGAAGAUAGACAAAUAGAUGAUGCUAAUAUCAGAAAGAUGAAAAAGACAAAAUUAGGGCACAAUUCGAAAAAUCUUACUAAUGAAAAGACUGAAAAAAGAGUGAGAUUUUCUGAUAAUGUACAGUUUUUCCAUCCAAUCAGUGAUCCUAGCAAUGAGAGGCAUGAAAAUAACAAACAAGAAUUAUUGCUUGGCAAAUAUUUCACACAGGAAGAAGAUGAAAUCGUCAAAGAUGCUGUUUGUAGAUACAUAGAGGUAUAUAAUUUGGGGGAUGAGGGGUUUCAAAAGGUUUUGAAUUCCAAAUCUUAUCCUAAACUAAGGGGCUGCUGGAAAGAGAUAGGGAAGGCUAUACCAUACAGGCCUUACACAGCAGUUUAUCAUCGUGCACAGCGUUUGUUUCGAAUGGGAGAGAAGCGUAAAUGGACUGAAGAAGAGUAUGGGAUGCUUCGGAAGUUCCAGGGAGCACAUGGGAAUAAGUGGACCCUCUUGGCCAACGAACUUGGGAAACAUCCGGAUCAUGUUGGAAAUGCAUGGGAUAGGAUAAAACUGGAAAAUCGAAAGAGAGGACAGUGGGAUCAGGAGGAAGUACAGAAAUUGUUUGAUUUAGUAAACACCGAUCUGCAACUUAAGCUCUCUGAAGAAAGGAAAUCUAGGCAUGGGAUGCUACGGGAUAAUAUUUGCUGGAGUUCAAUUAGUGACAAUUUGUCCACCAGGAUUUCCCAUCAUUGCUGCAAUAAAUGGUACAGACAAUUAACAUCCUCGAUGGUGGUUGCAGGUGAAUGGGCAGAUACUGAUGACUAUCGCUUAAUUGCUGCCCUUUUUGAACUAGACGCAAGCUGCAUAGAGGAUGUGGAUUGGGACAAUCUUCUCUCCCACAGGCAUGGAGAUUUAUGUCGAAAAAGAUGGAAAGAGAUGGUGCGUCAAAUAAGUCAACAUGAAAACAAGUCAUUUGAUGCACUAGUAGAAGUGUUAGCAAAGAGAUACCGCCCUGAUUUAGUUGGAGCAAGGGAGGUCUGGGAUAGUAAACCACUUGUUCCAUGACAUGUUGAACACUCACAUGAGCGUUUCUGUAGAGAGAAGAGAUGCUUGAGGAACUAGUAUGCACUACUGUCUACAACUUAGCGCGUCACUUCUUUACUUUAUUUCUUUCGUUCUUUUAAUUUUUGUGAGGUUUAUAUGCUUGUAGGAGGGAUUAGGUACUCGUGAAAUAGUAGAGGUGCUUGUUGGCUUGGGCACCAAACAUUAUCCAUAAAGGAAAUGUUUACAGAUGUUUUAGAAGAGAUUCUUUCUUGUCUGGUGGAAAGAAAAGAGAAAAAACAUUUCACAAUUUGAAGUUACGAAAGAGAUAAGCCGAGGGUCUAUCUGACACAACCUCUCUACCUCGCAAAAGGUAGGGACAGGGUCUGCGUAAAUCUUCCCCAUUCCAAACCCUAAAUGUAAGAUUAUAGCGUGUAUGUUGUUGAAAGUAUAUGUUGUGUACCUGCCUAAAAAAAAAGAUUACAAAAUGUUAUUAGUAUAGACCAUAGCCUCAUACUCCUUUAUUCAAAUGCAUUUUUAUCAA